UUUUCAUUUAUCUUUUUAUUACUAUUCCACUCUCACCAUCGUCACCUUUAUUUUUUCCUUGACCUUAUUUUUUUUCACUUUUUUCUUUCUUCUUCUUUACUCUGAAUUUACAAUGGGCCAAGGAAUCAGUAAAGAACAUGCUUCCUAUGUCUUUGGUCACGCUGCUGCCACAGACUUCCUUGAAGAUCAACAUACCAGCAUUGAUCGUCUACUCUAUUAUCCAGAGGAAUACGCAUUUGACACCUGCUCACCAUUGGAAAACCAUGAGAAAAUAUCAACCGAUCCAUCGGUGACCGUGAUACUCUGUCAACCCACCUUGGGUCGAACCGAUUCUGGCUAUGCAAGCUGCAAUGAAAAAACAAACCAUCCGUUCGUGCGAGACGUCAAUUACAUUGACAAAACCUAUUAUACCGACGGUCGUCCCUUGAAUAAUUUGCAAAAACCAAAUGACGAGGACGAGGACAAUAAAAACAUCCAUCUAGCCGACCCAUUGACUUUUGCCGAUGUAACCAAGCUGGCGUCGGAUCCAUCAAUGCAGGAGGUGAACCUGUCGAAUCGGGCCUUGGCAAGCCUAAGUCCAAACAUUGGAUUACUGACGAUGAUCCGCAAAUUAGACUUAUCCGACAAUCUUUUGACAAGUGUACCCAAUGCCAUUGGGUAUUUGCACCAUCUUCAAGUACUAUCGUUGGCGGGAAACAAGCUUACCGAGAUUCCCGAUACCAUUGGAUAUCUUGGGAAACUGACCCAACUCGAUUUAUCCCGCAAUCAACUUGAAAGAUUAACUCCUUGCAUCGGCUAUCUCAGGAACCUGAGAGAUCUCUGUUUGGACAGUAAUCAACUGGCCGAAAUCCCCAUUGAAAUUACAGCCAUCACUGGUCUGAUUUCACUCGAUUUAUCUUAUAAUCCACUCCGUCGAUUGCCGGCCGAAAUAUCCAAUCUGUCCUGUUUACGACGCAUGCAACUCGAUGACUGUCCACUAGAUAAUGACCCCGACGAUGACCUUGUUCAUGAUCCUCCAAGUUUACUGGAAAUUUGUGCACGCACCAUCCUGCGCGAUACCGUCAAAAUCCCUCGUCAUUAUCUGCCGGACCAUUUGACUCGCUAUUUAGAAUCGGCCAAACCAUGCACGUCAUGUUCCCAGCCUUAUUUCGAGUCGUACGUGGUACGCACCUGUCUAGUAGAAAGAGGCGACCGUUAUCUUCCUAUUGAAUAUCGACUGUGUUCAGCCCACUGGAGCGAUGCCGAUGAUCGUCUGCGAGCCAUGUUCAGUCAGACCAUGACCCGACCUUCCUCGCCAUUCUACGAGUUUCGACGACCGAAUUGCCUUUUGCACCCAAACCCGAAACAGGUUUCCGAUCAACACCGAUCAUUUCACCUGCCUCGUAUACGUCAGAGUAUCGAAAUCAGCACGCCUUUGGAAGAUCUCAGCGACACGGAUGGCUGGCGUCCAAAGUCGGGUCUAAAAAAAUGGCGAUCGCGACAACAUCUGGCAAAGAUGGUGACCCGAAAUCAAGCCGGUUUCUUGAAUUUCCAAAAAUUAAAGCCAUCCUCCAGGCAAUGAGAUGUGGCCUUUUUCAACAUGUGAAAAGACAAAAAAAAAAGUAAAAACAAUCUUUUUGUUCUGUUCCAUAGCUAUUCUUCACUCUUUGUUUUUGUAUCGAUUUUCCUUUAUCUUCUUUAGCAUAUACCAUUUCUUCUACUUUUGAAAAGCCCUUUUUCAUUUUUCUCAAUCAAAUACAGCGAAUACCAAGUUCGACGUUGCUACAAAAUCUGACACUCAUUGGCAGCAGUAUUUGCCUGCUUGGGAUAAUA